AUGACGGAUAUAUUCACCGAGAGCACUCUGUGCGUCCCUGGAAUGCAAGAUAUGACUGGCUUCUUAUUAAAAUCAUUCUACUGUACACCAGAUAGGAUUCCCGGUAACCACGUGUUUCUAGAUCAAGGACCAGGCAAACGGUUUGGUAUUUCUGAAGUUGGAGUUUACGAAGAAACGAAACGUAAGUGAUUGCUUGCAAGGUUGAUACACGAUCUCGAACCCAUAGGAUACACUUACAAGAGAAAAAGGAUCAAUACUGCAUCAGGUUGGGGCGUUGGUUUCAAAUUUCUAUAUCUUUGAUUUCACGAGAUUUAACAAACAACAAUUAGUUAGUAUCAAGCCUGGUUUUCAUAUGGUCGUAAUGCAUGGUCGUAAAAAUAGAGUCACGAUCUUUCUCAACGGUCAGUUUAUAAUAGUUUAUACCUGUAAACCACAUAUAAAUCAUAAGUAUUCUCUAGUUAUAAUCACUCCGCGUAUUUUCAGUUCUAAAAUGUUGUAUUUCGGCUGAUGAAUGGAUGAGAGAAUGCUAUUGGCUACCUUUAGUUACGUCACGUGUGACGUAAUUCCGUGCGUCCGUCCUCUAAUAUAUUGAUCAUGGCUCUCGACCAAUGAAAGCACUUGAAUUCUUAACGUUAUUAUAUGAAACUAUAGAUAGUAUACAUGAUGUAACUGUAACUAGUUAAAAAUUAUGUAAGUUUUACAGUAAUGCCAAAAUAUGAUUCUAGCUAUAGCGAUAAAUUUCGAUCUAAGCAAGAAGAACAAAAUCCAUCACCACAGCAAGAAAGAGCAUGGUAAAAUUAGUAAAAUUGCAAAGUUUGGUUGCGAAAUGUUAUAAAAUGAGGAAAAUGUAGCCCUACGAAAUUUGCAAAUUUUGCAGUAAUUUGUAUUACGCACGGGAACUCCCUCGCGUAAUACAAAUUAAUACAAAAUUUGCAAAUUUUGUAGCGCUAUAUUUUCCUCAUUUACAACAUUUCGCGGCCAAACUUUCAGGCAAUUUUACUAAUUUUAACAUGUUCUUUCUAGCUGUGGUGAUGGAUUUUGUUCUUCUUGGCCAGAUCAAAAUUUAGUCUAUAGCUGGAUCAUCUAUCAUAUACACACUAACAACAAUUAUUUAUACAUUUGUUUUCCCAGCAAAAAUACUUGACCACAGGAAAAACCGUUACGCAUGGUCAAAAGUGAGCGGUUCAAUCACCUUGGAGUGUGCCGCCGAAGGUUAUCCAGCACCACUGAUCUCCUGGGUUAAAGAUAAAGUGGUUACUAAAAGUGGUUCGGGCAGUUUACAGUUGAUGAAUUUGAAAUUGAAUGACAGUGGUGUCUACGAGUGCUGGGCCAAUAAUUCCAAUGGAUUUGAUGCCAGAUUGUAUAAACUCGAAGUGACAAGUGGGUUGAAUUUUGCUCCCUCUCUUGCUAAAAUAUUUAUUUCUUCGCCUUCAUGUUCUUCUUAUAUGUACUAGUACUAGACUAAACAUUCGCAUCCGAUAUUUAUCUGAUGUACAAACUCUCGCCGAUAUUUGAAGUACUAUUUAAAAGAGGGUCCUGAAGCGGGGGGGGGGGGGUCGUGGGGUCGAAUUCUCUUUUCCCAGCCCAAAAUUUGACUAAAUCCCAUUGUCCUGAGCACAAAUCCCAUCAUCUCAGUGGCUGUCCUGCUCAAAUCUUAAUCCCAUUCCCAUUUUCUAUUGUUUUUUUGAUGAUGAAUCCCAGUCCCAGUGCAUGAAAUCCCAUUUUCCCACCGCCAAAAAUAAACAAAUCCCAGUUCCCAUUUUACCCCUUCAGGACCCUCUUAAAACAUGAGCAGCAGUGUUUUAUCAGAUAUAAAGAUACGAGGCGAAGCCGAGUAUCUUUAGGUCUGAUAAAACACGCACUGCGAAAUAUAAAUUCAAAAACAAUCAAUCUUGUAACUUCAUUGGCGAAGUAAUUUUCAAACAAUACGUUGUGUAAGUCGUGAAAAUCAAAGUUAAAGUUUAUGUAAAUCAAGGGAAAUCUUUAUCACAUAUAAAGAUUCGACACGCUUAAUUACGAUUUUUCUUUGUGUUUUCCUCAUGAAUUAUUAAUGAGUUUUUGAAGUCGCUUUAAUGCGCUAUUUCUUUAUUUUAUUCAAAAUUGAAAAUAUUAUUCUCAUUAUCUUUACUUUUUUACUGUAAUACAUCAUGCCAAAAAUAAUCGUAUAAACUACUAGACGUCAGCCAGGGGGGGGGGGUCGUGGUAUCCUAAAUACAUGAUAAAUAUGGAUCAAAAUACCUAUAUUAUUACAGUCAAAAUGUUACAUAAUAGGCUACCUAAAGCAAUCAGAACCUAAUUAAAAAUUAGUCAUAACAUUCAAGUAAAUAUACAUGCAGUAUACUCGAAUUAAAUACCCAUUAUAGACCCUGUAUACGCAAAACCCCAUGGCCGGUCGACCCUAACUACUAGCACAAGCACGCGGCAAUAAUCUGUGGCGUUAUAUACCAGUCGUACGACUAAAAAAUUUGAAUUAUUGCACCCUGUAAUUAUCAUCCUUUAGAAAGGUUAAAUUAAUAAGGUUGAGAAUCUUCUUCAUGUUCUUGUUUUCAGAAUAAUGCUUAAUUAGCUUUUCUUUUGAAACACAGGUGAAUUGCGAGCAUGUGUCAAAAAUCGUGAACUCCAGUUUCAACAUGAACGACCGAGCACAGGGCUAAAUCAAGAACUGCAAGGAAACAUGUUUUAUCGUUUCACUGACGCACAAAAACAUACUGAUCUUCAGGUAAUACAGUAAAAAUCCGAAUAAAAGAACCACUUUUUGGGGGUAGACCGCGAGAAGUCUCUCAGGAGAAAGAGGGCCCUGCUCACAACACAUCAAGAUUCAAGAAACGAAAUACGCGUUGUCCACACAACGCAAAAUUCCCAUUCGUCGAAAUCGAUGUGCCUGCAUGUCGAUCAAAUCUGAUAAGUAGUAAUUAUGCUAUAAAUAAUUCCCAGACUGAAUGUUGAUUUUAAAAAUAAACAUGACAUUACUGAACGGUUCCUAUUGGAUAGAUUUAAAUGGAUAUAAGAAAGGUUUAUGCAAAGGCGGAGUCAACUUGACAAGAGCGAAAAGUGGACGUAUUUCGUUUCUUGAUGUGUUGCAGCAGUCCCUCCUUCCCCUCGUACGCCCGGGAAGCUAAACCUGCGGAAAUGAGAGACCGCUCGCAGUCUAUUGUUUUGGUAACAAACUGAAGUACCUAUUAUACAAGUUUAUAAAAAAGGUAAUCCAGUCUUAGAGUGCUGUUGUGCGCACAUGGUUAUUUUUUUCAUAUUUAAUAAUAAAGAUUAGGACGACACCCUUUUUUGCAUCAUUUCAACCAAAAAUGAUUGAAAAUGGACCUUUCCCCUUAUAACUAAAAUUUCGAUUUAGACAACAAUUUCAUCACAGCUUGAAAGAGCAUCACAAAAUUAGUAAUAUUCCAAAGUUUUGUUGCAAAAUCUUGUAAAAUGCGGAUAAUAUAGCCUUGCGAAGUUUGCCAUUUUUCAGUCAUUUUGUAUUACAAACGGGAAAUUGGCAUCCGAUUCGGGUGUUGGGGCUGCAAUUCCCGUUUGUAAUCUAAAAUGACUGAAAAUUGCAAAUUUCGCAAGCCUAUAUUAUCCACAUUUUACAACAUUUCGCAACGAAACUUUAGAAUGUUACUAAUUUUGUUGUCCUCUUUCAAGCUGUGAUGAAAUAUUUGUCUAGACUUGCCUAGAUCAAAAUUUGGGUUAUAAGGGGAAUGGUCUAUUACUGGUCGAAAUCACACUUUCCCAUCUAUGUGCAUUAUUAAAGCAGUGCAGAAGGAAAAAAACUAGCUAUGCUCUAAUGUGUCAUGCUAAACAAUAAACUUAAAACAGAAGUGACCAUAUGAAAUUAAAAUUUAAUAAAUAAAAUUAAAAUUCAUUAAUUUUAGAACAAAAUUGGAUUUACUCUCGAUAGUUUUUCACCUAACUCCCAACGGUGGAGAAAUGCAAUUUCCACCGGCAAUAUUUAUUCGAUUCGUAUUUGGCCAUUUUCUCGUGAUACAAAAUGAUAUAAUGAUACAAAAAGGUAUCAUUGGAUAGCUAAAAGCCUGAACAUUGCUUGUCGAGAUUCAUUACCUAGAGGUAAAGGUUUAGCCUCUCAAGCAAGAAUUUAUAUUUUUAGUUCCGUGACGCACGCCCAUCCAAAAUGGUUCCUUCGUGUACAACCUGGUUAAAGGGCGGUCACCCCAAUGUAAAAGAUGGUGUCGUAUCCCGGCAACUGUGUAUCAAAGACCAAGGACAAGACUGUCAUAGGACACUAAAUAUCUUUGUCAGAAGAUGUGCACAUUACUACGUCUACAAUUUCAAGUCUAUGAAAAAUGUUUCCCAUUUGACAUUUUGCAUGAAAAAUGGUAAGUUGUAAUGAUUAUGUAUUGAGUGUGAAAACCAAAAUUUAAUCGUGCGUAAACUAAUUGUUUUACAAAUAUUUCGACAGCAAUCUCGUACCCAGGGCCUUUCCUAUUUGGGAGAAAAGACCCUGGUGACGUGAUCUGCUAAAAUCUAGCAGAUUUCUAAUUAACUAUAUUUGAUUCCUUUACGACAAUCAUACAAAACGCAAAUUAUAAAGUAAACUAUAAAAAUCAUCCAAACAUAAAAUAUUUAUUGACCUCAUCUUGGAUUGCUAUUUAAAAAUCUGCUAGGUUUUGGCAGCUCAUGCGACCGGCGUCCACCAGGGUCUUUUCUCCCCUCGCCAAGAGGAAAGACCUGGGUACGAGGUCGAUUUCGACAGCUGGUUAAUUUGAUAUGCAUAUUUUAAAUAUUCUACUCUCGGCUACAUUCCCGCGGUAAAAGAGAUAUUUGGAUUUACUAUUUUUGCAUUUUCUAAUUUACUUCACAUUUGAUUCACAGCUGUUAAUCUGCAGCGCGGGUUUCAGCCAAUGAUGACGUCAUCGACUCGUCACCAUGCCCUUUCCGGGAAAACGUUCCACACGGAGGAAUAUUUUGAAGAAUCCUACGAAUGUCUCAUGGUGUGUCAGUUGGACAAGAGAUGCAAGUCGUUCAAUUUUUCUAAGAAAUUAAAGUUAUGUGAACUAAACAGUGGUACGAAGAAGGAGUUUCCUGGAAACUUUGUUUCGAAUAUGGACUUUGAUUAUUAUCAUAUAAAACAUGGAAUCGUGAGACAAGAAUUGUAA